CUUUGUGAUGAAUGCAGAUCAUUUCAACUUGGAGCCAGUUGAAAGGAACUGCAAAGUGUUUGGACAUUUACUUUUUACUUGCUUUUUUAUGGGGGGAAACCAGGGCGAUUUCCUGACACCACUAGCCCACAUUUUUCCUUAGUUGAGGUAAUUUUCCAAGUUUGAAAGUGGCACACCACUUGUUAUUCCGGUAUUUAUUCCAGUAAAAUGUCCCUGCGGAAUAGGGACAUCUGAUAUCACUGACAGUAGCGGAAAGCGGCAGAACUAGACAUACAACCAGUUACACAAAACAAUGUAUUUCCGAGUUCCCUAAUUCCGACUGCAGCAUUUGAACGUGGCAUCGAGGACCUGUCCAGUUCCAGUGGCGAGGGACGUCAACUGUAGAGCGUGUAGGCGUAUGCAACUUGCGGCUGAAACUAAUAAAAUAUACAUUUGGCUUUUGGUGUUGGGCAUAUACCUUGUGUACAGUAUGACGUGCACUCGACAAUAAAACACCUGGACAAACAUUUGACAUACUGCUGCAACAGCCGCUGUAGCCUACGACACUAGUCUGGACUCGGACAGACAAAUGUACGCGGGCUGUAGAAAUAUAUGCAAAGAGGACAAGGAAAGUUACAGAGAAGUUUACUCGGGCAAGAUGGACGAUGAGCCGUGUUUGAAAAGAGGAGACUGUGACUUUGACCGCGAAGAUGUCGGUGUCUGCCAGAAAGGAUGCGGGCUUCUGUUGUCCCACACCGUUGUUCAAGGAGAGCAUUGUUGUUUAGAUGCACUUCGCGUGAUGAAUGACACGCUCCAGGAAAGAAGCGCUAUCUUGGAGCAUGAAGCCCGAAUGGAGCGGCUUAGAUGGGGCAGGAGAGAGCAGUCGCUCCUUGCCCAGGUGUCAUCCCUCCAGAGCGAAGCGCAGCUCACUGCUCUCAAGUAUCAACGAAAGUUACACGAAUACAUGCUGAAUAUCAACAAAAUAGCCGAAAGCAUAACUGGAUAUUACAAGAGUGACCCGAAGGCAUCUGAGGUCUGCGAUGUGUCCCACGUAUCAGAGCAGAGUCCUGCUGAACCAGCGGAUGCACUCCAGAACCAGCCUGAACAUGGCUCGAUGCCACUGGUGAACGGCAGGGACUACUCCAAGGCCGGUCAUGACGAGGCGGUGGAGACGUUCCGCUCUGCCAAGGACCCCAUCGUGGUGCAGGUGCUCAGGAGGAACCCCUCUGGCCGCCAUGGCGGCACCACUCAGGACGUUGUGGACGUGUGCACGCAGACGGACAUCACCUUCGAACACAUCAUGGCCCUGGCCAAGCUCCGAGCCACCACCCCGCCCGUGCCUGACGUCUGUCCUUUCCUGUUGUCUGACAGCUGUCACUCUCUCCACACCGUGGACCAGGAGUUCUACGAAGGGACGGACUACCUCUCCACCCUGCCCGCCGACGCAGAGAGGACGGAGGAGUUGGAGUACGAGGAGGUGGAGCUGUGUCGCCUCAACAGCCAGGAGAAGCUGGGCCUGACAUUGUGCUACCGGACUGAUGAGGAAGAGGACAUGGCCAUCUACGUCAGUGAGGUUGGGCCAAACAGCAUCGCCGCACGGGAUGGACGCAUCCGAGAAGGAGACCGCAUCUUGCAGAUCAACGGUCGGGAUGUACAGGACAGGGAGGAAGCUGUAGCGGUGCUCUCCAGUGAAGACACCAGGAACAUUGUUCUGCUGGUGGCCAGGCCUGAGAUACAGCUGGAGGAGGCGUGGUUGGAUGAUGAACAUAGUGAGUUUCUGGAGCAGUUAAAGAUGGAGAUGCUGGAGGAGCAACAGAGGGAAGAGAUGGAGCUGGAAGCUUUACAUGAAGAGCAGGAGCAGCUCAGAGGAACAGAAGAUGAUGACAUCACUGCCACCUGUUCGUCCAGAACUCUUGACAAGGACCACAGCGUGGGGACGUUACUGAAGAACGGCGUCGACAGCUCCGACCACAACGUCCUCCUAACUCAUAUCCAACGGAAACUGUCCCAGUGCCUCAGAGACAGACGGGACUGUCCCGAGCGUUUGGAUGACGAAGACGAGGACGUUGUGGAGGAGGGCGACCGCUUCCAACAGCUGCUCCAACUCAAGUGUCAGAUCCGCAGCAGCGGGGAGUACGACCUGUUCUACAGCCGACGCAGCACCAUCGAGUGCAGCCUCGGCGAGCCGGCUGGAGGCGUUCAACGCGAGCUCCGCAUGCUCAACGAGGAGCUCCGCAGCAUCGAACUAGAGUGCCAGAACAUCAUGCAGGCGCAUAAGCUCCGCAAGGGGCCAGGGGAGACGCAGGGGGACCAAGGUCAGCAGCCCUCUCAGCCGUGUGGUCGUCCCACACCCGAGGCCCCUCGCCUCCACCGUGACGGCAGGGACUCCCCCAGCAGGGGCAAGCUGGCGGACAUCAACGAGCGCCCCGAGAAGCCGGAGAAGUCGGACAAGGACAGCUCCAGUGCCUAUAACACGGCAGAGAGCUCGCGGAGCACUCCGCUGGCUAUGGAGCGCUCCCCCGAACACUCACUCCAGAGGAGGAUGGUCACCAUCACCAACCAGAGGAAUCUCCGCGGCAGCCUGGGUAGUCCCAGCCCCAGCCCCACCCACCGGCCUCCCCACCGGGCCCCCAUCCCAGGGAAGGACAGCAGCCCCGACCACAGCCCCAACCCCUCCGAGUCGGACCAGACGGCCCCGGCGGACCAGUGCUUACCGGCAAGGGGCGGGACUGGGAAGCUGAAACCUCUGCCUCCUCCAAGGGCUUCUCAGAUCCCAUACCUUUCGCCCUCCCAGGGUUCCCAGCACCGGCAGCCGGACGCCAACAUCCCGGCCCACGCACGCCACUAUCGUAGCUACAUGCAGCUGAUCCAGCAGCGCUCCGCCGUGGAGUAUGCCCAGAGUCAGCUCAACCUGCUCAGCGUGGUCAAGGAGCCCCAGCUGAGCCCCGCCAGCGAGCCCAAAAUGGAGUGGAAGGUGAAGAUUCGGAGCGACGGCACGCGCUACAUCACCAAGAGGCCCGUCAGGGACAAGAUCUUGCGGGAACGCGCCCUAAAAAUUAAAGAGGAGCGCAGCGGAGGAAUGACCACAGAUGACGACGCAAUGUCCGAGAUGAAGAUGGGACGGUACUGGAGUAAAGAAGAGAGGAAGCAACAUCUGCUCAGGGCUAAAGAACAGAGAAGACGUAGGGAGUUCAUGCAGCGCAGUCGCCUGGAGAGCCUGAGAGAGAGCCCACAGAGCAGCAGCGAAGGACACAAGGAGGUCAGCAUUAUUGAACUGAGCCACAAGAAGAUGAUGAAGAAGCGAAACAAGAAGAUCCUGGACAACUGGAUGACCAUUCAGGAACUGAUGACCCAUGGGGCCAAAGCUCCUGACGACCCCAGGGCCAAAGUUCACAACGCAUUCCUGUCGGUCACCACGGUUUAGACUAAAACACACUACAAAAUAGAGCAGUGUUUCUCAACCUUAAUCACACCAGGAACCAGCAAGCUAUCGUCCAGUUGGUGGAGUUAUUUGGAUGACAGCUUACAUUAAUACUGUCACUCGAAAACUGACUGAAAUGAGUGCUGGUAAUUUGUCAUAUUCGGGGUUGUUCGGCAACAGCCCAGGGACCAGUGCUCGUCCCUGGACUGAAGGUUGAGAAACGGUGAUCUAGCUUCAGUACCCCAUGUGGUAUAAAUAUACUUGCCUCGUUCAAUGUGGCGUUUUUAUGAGGAUGAUAGGAAUAUUUUUCACAACUUUGUUACCUGAGAAAUUGCAUUUUGUAAAGAAUUUUAACCAAUGGUUUCCAUGGCAUUUUUCUAUGUUUUUUCAUCAGUUUUUUCAUUGUCACUCUCUUCCAGAAGCACUUUUGUAUGAGAUUACUGAGCAAUUAUUUUUCUUAGUUCAUCCUGUAAAUGUAAUUACCCCCAAAAUGUUCAAUUAUUUUCCUAUUUGUGUUCUGUUAUGCAGUGAUUCCAACCCGCGCAGGGUCAGGAUUAUUGAACAGUAUACACUCCCUCAGGGGAGAUGUGUUCAUCUGAAUGUACGCUACCGAAAUGUGUAUUGUAAUCCUACAACCUAAUGUUCUACAGUUGAUAAACAAGUAAUUGUCUCGUUACAUUUUCGUUCAGGACUUUCAAGAUUCCACACACACACACAAAACAUCAACAACAAACAAUGAUUUAGCAAAUAUGUGUCCCUCGAAAACAAGCCAGUAAAUUGGAUUUAAUGCAUACAGUACAUCUUCUACCUGCUCAAGGGACCAGUUCAGGCAUAAAUGACAAGCUACAUUAUAUAUGGUCCUAUACCAUUUACAGUAUGUAUCAUCAAAACAUUUUCAGCCAAGAAUCUAAAACCAAUCCAAAACAAUGAACCACUGCAAUUCCCUUUGCUACCAGUUGAACUCCAAAGGGUUAUUUUAUACCAAGAGGCUGUGAAGACAACCAUUACUCCACUAUGGUAAUAUCACAUCAGCAGUUCUUCCAGUAUUGUACUUUACCACUCUUUUUGUUAGAUUUUGCAUAUUUAUGUUUGCAUUAUCCUUUGUUUUCCAACCAUCAGGUAUUGCAAUUUUUUUAAUGCUUCUCAACAUAGCCUUAACAGUUUCUAAUUAUAUGAAUGUGACUUCGUUGUGGCACCAAUUUUCUUCAUAAUCCAUCAGUAGUUUUUUGGUGCUGCUCAAAAAGACUUACUAGGUAGGGAUUGGUCGGUUGCCAUUGAAGCAGGGCUUGGCAGUACAUCUCCAAGUCCUGUUUCCAAACAACUCCAUAUGUUACAGGCUGGUUCAGGGUUGUGCGUCAUACAUACUUGUUUCAGAUCCUCAUUUUCAGUUUAAAUAUUGUAAAUUUGAAACCAACUCCUGUAUUUGUUUCAAGUCAAUGUCAAUGGUCUUUUUUCAAGUAAUAUGUAGUUGGCACACCUGUAGCCAGGUAAACGUGUGGUAUAUAUCUGUGAUCAUUGAAAAAUGAAAUAAUAAUAAAUUAUUGUUAUGUUUUUCGUU